UGCUCGACGAGCCAUGCAAAUAGUAACACCCGCAAACGCCUGAACACAAAUAUCCUUUAAUAUUUGGUUUUCUAUUAGCCUGGACAACUGGAUUUGCUUAAGAAAGGGACCUGAAAUAUCUGGUGCUGCACUUUGCACAUAGAGUUCGACAACAUGGUUAACAUCACAGAGAAGAUCAAGGAGAUAGAGGCGGAAAUGGCUAGAACGCAGAAAAAUAAAGCAACAGAGUAUCACCUUGGACUGUUGAAAGGAAAACUUGCGCGGCUAAGAGCCCAACUUCUUGAACCCGGACCAGGCAGUGGAAGCAGCGGUGGUGCUGGUUUUGAUGUGUCGAAGUCUGGCGAUGCUCGUAUUGCUCUUGUCGGCUUCCCCUCAGUUGGAAAAUCCACAUUUUUGUCGAAGAUCACAAAGACCAAGUCAGAAGUAGCCGCGUACGCGUUCACAACAUUGACAGCCAUUCCUGGCGUUCUUGAGUAUGGCGGUGCCGAGAUUCAAGUCCUGGAUCUUCCCGGCAUCAUUGAAGGAGCUGCAGAGGGCAAAGGUCGAGGACGACAAGUCAUCAGUGCAGCCAAGACUAGCGACAUGAUCAUGAUGGUUCUCGAUGCGACAAAACGAGCCGAGCAAAGAGCAUUGUUGGAAGCGGAACUGGAAGCCGUAGGCAUUCGGCUGAACAGAGAACCUCCAAAUAUAUACGUGAAGGCAAAGAAAGCCGGUGGGAUGAAGAUCAGUUUUCAGUCUCCGCCGAAGAAUCUGGAUGAGAAAAUGGUAUACAACAUCAUGCGCGAUUACAAGAUGCUAAAUUGCGAGGUGCUUGUAAGAGACGAAAACGCGACUGUUGAUGAUCUAAUCGACGUGAUAAUGAAAGAUCAUCGCAAGUACAUAAAAUGCCUUUACGUCUACAACAAAAUUGACUCCAUCUCCCUUGAACACCUUGACAAACUUGCUCGUGAACCCAACACCGCAAUCAUGUCAUGUGAGCUCGAUCUCGGCAUUGACGACGUCAUCGACCGUGCUUGGGAGAUGCUCAAUCUUAUCAGAAUAUAUACAAAGCGGAAGGGUGUGGAUCCUGACUUUAACGAAGCGCUGAUUGUGCGAAAUGGAAGUACGAUCGAGGAUGUGUGUGAUCGCAUCCAUCGAACAUUGAAAGAGACGUUCAAGUAUGCGCUGGUCUGGGGAGCAAGCGCGAGACACGUUCCGCAACGAGUAGGAUUGGGGCAUGUGGUGAGCGAUGAAGAUGUUGUCAGCAUAGUCGCAAAAUGACAUUGUCGAGUCGUGCAGAGGCUGUGACAGUCAUGUAAACAAUAAUUAUGAAUGAAAAACGCAUUUGUCAGACUAACGAUGUUUACAUCACUCUUAUGAUGGCAAC